AUGGCAAAAGAGCUGCUCGAGCAGACGUGUGAAAGGGAUAUUGUUGACUGUGAUUCCUGGAAUAUUCUGAUCAGAUGGCUCUGUGGGCACUUUAAGCUCAAACAAGCAUUGCAAGUUCUUGGAAAAAUGGUUGUGGCUUCACUAGUUCCUGAUUCUUCCACGCACUCAGCUCUCAUUCUUGGUUACAGUAAAUUGGGGUUACAUGAUGAUGCCAUAAAGCUGUUUGACCGGGUAUGUGCGAGCUGCUGGCUAUUGGAUCCACUGUCUCACUCCGAGCUAAUAAAAAGCCUCUGUGCAAUCGGGAGGACUCUUGAGGCUGCAGAAGUGUUCCGUUAUAUGUCUGUGAAGAAACAUCCCCUCGAAUCUUGCUCGUUCAAUAUGCUCAUGAAGGCUAUUUUUGACACAAGGGGCAUUCAUGAAGCAAGGAAGAUGCUGACAUUGGCAGCAGAGUGCGGUGUUUCUUUUAGUGAUGAAACAUACACCGUCAUGUUAGAUGGUCUAUCUGAGAAGCCUAAAUAUCAGUUUAUCGUGCUGGCGCAGAUGGUGGUAAGAGGAUUUGGGAUUAGUAGAGAAGCUUACGCCAUCCUCAUAAGGGGUGCCAUGAGUUCAUUGAGUCAAGCAAAGGAAGCGGUUUUACUUUUCAACCUGAUGGUCACUGAGGGAAUGAUCCCUGAAUCAGAAUCCUUGCUUGACUUACUCUCCAUAUUUGCCGGUCAUUCUCAGUUACACAAGAUUUCUUGUUCAAUCGUUGAACUUCUCUCUACACAUGAAGUUCUGAACUCAGACAUGUACUGA